UGUAGUUUUUCGCUUCAUAUGGCUAUCCUUGUCCCACUCUCAUGAAUCCGUCUGAUCAUUUACUGAAAACUAUAAACAAGGAUUUCGAUCAGGACAUUGAGGUGGGUUUAGCAGUAACUACAAACUUGCCUACAGAAGAAGUAAUUCACAUCCUUGUAAACUCAUACAAAUGCUCUGAGAGGAAUCAAGAAGUUCAAAGUGAAGUAGCUUUACUAUCUGAGAAGAAGAAAAGUUCAUUGGAUGUGAAGAGAGUACAUGCUGGCUUCCUUAACCAGUGCUUUGCUCUUACCAAAAGAUCAUUCGUCAACAUGUUUCGUGAUCUGGGCUAUUAUUGGUUGCGCCUUGUCAUAUAUAUUGCAUUGGGUAUAAGUUUAGCCACUGUUUUCCAUAAUUUGGGCACAAGUUAUGACUCCAUUAAGGAUCGAGGUUCUCUUGUUGCUUUCAUAGUUGGAUUCCUCACUUUCAUGACCAUUGGUGGAUUCCCUUCCUUUGUGGAAGUCAUGAAGGUAUUUCAACGAGAAAGAGAAAACGGGCAUUAUGGUGUCACUGCAUUUGUGAUUGCAAACACCUUAUCAUCUAUACCAUUCUUGGUAUUGGUUGCAGUAAUUCCUGGGGUUAUAGCUUACUACCUUCCUGGUCUUCAGAAUGGAUUCGAACAUUUCGUGUAUUUCAUUUGUGUUUUAUUUUCUAGUCUGAUGUUAGUGGAGAGUCUUAUGAUGAUAGUUGCGAGCAUUGUUCCCAACUAUCUAAUGGGCAUCAUAACUGGUGCUGGAAUUCAAGGAGUAAUGCUUUUACUGAGUGGCUUCUUUAAGUUGCCAAACGAUAUUCCCAAGCCAGUUUGGAAAUACCCUUUACACUACGUUGCUUUUCAUACCUUUGCCAACCAAGGAAUGUUCAAGAACGAGUAUGAAGGACUAAGAUUUGAAGCAGAAAAUGAUGGAGGAAGCUCACACAGUUACAUCACUGGUGAAGAGGUUUUGAGAAAUGUGUGGCAAGUUGACAUGAGUUACUCAAAGUGGGUCAAUCUUGCAAUCUUGCUGGGGAUGAUUGUUCUGUAUCGAGUAUUAUUUUUGGUUAUUAUCAAGAUUGAAGAGAAGUUGAAGACCGUUGUUGUCCCGCUGUCUUCCAAGAGAUCAACACAAAUUAUGGAAAACCCCAACGCCACUCCUUCGCAUUCACAAAAUACUUAGUUAUAAACGUUAUUACUUUUUCCACAAAUUUUAAUUGUAAUGAAUUAACUAUAAUUAGAUAGACAUGUGUGGUGUGUAACAUAUGAUAAUCUAUAUGAUUUUUAAGUGUGUUUUGUAUUUGGCUUGUA